UCGUUUUAUUUGUUAAACUACAUUAUUAAGAGUUAAACUGACGCAGAUGAUAUCACGUGACAACGUGUCGGAGCAUGGUGGAGUUGGUAAGGACGCUUUUGAGAAAAAAUUGCUAAAAAACUUCCGCUGUCUAAGAUGUCAACACAGAAGCCGAGGUCUCAUGACGAAGAUUCUCUAAAUUUUGACAAAUUGGAAAAGGAAUUACAUGCAGCUGUAGAUGCAGAUAAGAGAUAUUGGCGAGAAAAUGAUGCAAAGUUUCGGGCGGUGGGACAAAAGGUGGAAACUUAUGAGGAGUUUCAAGACAUUGUCAAAGCAUCUCAUCUGAAACCAUUAGAGAAGGGAGACAACCUCAACAAUAUUGUGUUUGACCAGCCAUGGAAUUCACAUGCAAUUAAAAUGAAGAAUGCUGCACCCCUUAAAUCGACAGGAAGUGAUCUUCAACAGGCUAACAAUUUACCAAAAAACGGACAAGAAUUUGCAAGAGACUGGCGAAGACAUCACAAAACAGUGGAAAGUCAAUACGAUUACCUACUAAAAAUCGGAGGACCACGUCUUGGGGAAAUCUUUAAAACAGAGAUUAGUUUUGGACUUCUGGGCGAUAUUCUCACUGCUCUAUGUCAAGGAUUUUCAAACUCAGACUCAAGUGCUGUCCUGGCUGUUGUUCAUGGAUUAACUUCAGCCAACAGAUUCUCACUCUCGGUGCAGUUUUUGAGUUCAAAAGAAAAGCAAGUGUGUUCAGACUUAUUUCAUAAACUUAAAUCAUCAAAUGAGAAUCAAACAGAAGCUGAUGGAAAACACAUUCAAGAUCAAUUAAAUGAACUUGAAAAAAUAUACCAGCUAAAGUCUAAAUAAAUAAUGAAUUAUAUAUAUAUAUUU